GCCUCCUGCCGCCGGGGUGAGCGGAGCUGUUGUGCGCAUGCGCGGCGGUGGCUUUUCCGGAGCGAGGCUGCGCGUGCGCGGGUGGGUCGGUUUGCUGUGUGGCGGCUCGCGGCGCUAGUGGAGCAGCAUGAGGCCGGGUUUCAGCCCCCGUGGGGGGCGCGGUGGAUUCGGAGACCGUGGAGGAGGCCGAGGGGGCUUCCGGGGAGGCCGGGGUGGUGGGUUUAGAUCUCCAGGUGGAAGCGAUGGAGGCUUCAGAGGAAGAGGAGGUGGCGGUGGUUUCCGAGGAAGAGGCGGGCCAGGCCGGGGCGGCCGUGGAGGCGGAGGUCGGGGUGGCCGAGGAGGGUUUAAAGGAGGCAAGAAGGUGACUGUGGAACCCCAUAGGCAUGAAGGCGUCUUCAUCUGCAGGGGGAAGGAGGAUGCGCUUGUGACAAAGAAUCUGGUGCCUGGCGAGUCUGUGUACGGGGAGAAGAGGAUCUCCGUGGAGGAUGGUGAGCUGAAGGUGGAGUACCGCGCCUGGAACCCCUUCCGCUCCAAGCUGGCGGCGGCCAUCCUGGGUGGCAUCGAUCAAAUCCACAUCAAGCCGGGAGCCAAGGUCCUGUACCUGGGAGCUGCCUCCGGGACCACAGUCUCGCACGUCUCUGACAUUGUGGGGCCGGACGGUCUGGUCUACGCUGUGGAGUUCUCCCAUCGCUCGGGCCGUGACCUCAUCAACGUGGCGAAGAAACGCACCAACAUCAUCCCCGUCAUUGAGGACGCGCGGCACCCGCACAAGUACCGCAUGCUGAUUGGGAUGGUGGACGUGAUCUUCGCAGACGUGGCCCAGCCUGACCAGUCGCGUAUUGUGGCCCUAAACGCUCACAACUUCCUGAAGAACGGAGGGCACUUCGUCAUCUCCAUCAAGGCCAACUGCAUCGAUUCCACAGCGGCGCCUGAGGCCGUCUUCGCCUCUGAGGUGAAGAAGAUGCAGCAGGAGAACAUGAAACCUCAGGAGCAGCUGACGCUGGAGCCCUACGAGCGAGACCAUGCUGUGGUGGUGGGGAUUUACAGACCUGCCCCCAAACAGAAGAAGUAGCGUCUCCUUGGAGCUCCUUGUCACUGGGCCACCAGGCCAGAUUCUAUCGUCUGCUGGCAUUGGGCCUGGGAGUGCUCCCUGGGUGAGGGGUGUCUUGCUGCCCACCCUGCCUCUCCCCCGGGACUCAUUUCUGUUCAGCUUUGUGGAUUUUUUUUCUUCUCCAGAUGUAUUUUUAUUAAAAUAUGGGAAAAUGGUA